AUGAUCAAAAAUUACGAAUAUCCCAUCACUCGACUAACCCAAAACCAACUAACCAAAAGAGGAAGAUGCAAAGGAAGUUCGCGUAAGUCAACUGGAAUCGGAGCAUGUCAGCCUGAUCGCACCGAUUGUAGGAUGAAGCGUACCCACGGCGGAAACAUUAUCGACAAUAGCGAGAAUCCAUCGCGCGACGCUCCAAUCAAUCAUACAAUCAUCCCGAUCGAGCCAUCUAUGCCGAUCGUUCAGACUCAUAAUGCGCCGAAUGUGAAUCCAUUGGCCAUUGCCGCGAAAGAACUCAAAUUCGCAUGCCAAUUGGCGCAUGGUUCACCAGUUGCAAUAAUUCACAAGUGGUCGGAUAUUAGUGAGCUGUACCAGUCGAUUGCUGACUGCUUCUCGAUUCCGAAGAGCGACAUCAUGUUCUUGACGGUGAACGAUUUUCGCCUUGACAUGAGAAACCUGUUCACCGGAACGUUGAACUUCAAGGACAUGCUUUAUGCCCACGUUAGAGGACAGGCGAUCGAGUUGACCGUUUUGAAGGAUUCGGCCAACUUUGGUGUGACGAUCACGGAUAACGGCCUCGGAAACGCUUUCAUAAAGAUAAUCAGUGCCGGCUCGGUGUUCGACCGAGCGGCUCCAGCCACGAGGGUUGGACAGAUCAUUGAGAAGAUCAAUGGGGAGAGUGUUCUCGGUCGUCGUCACUACCAAGUGGCUCGAAUCCUCAAGAAUAUUAAGAAGGGCGAGACUUGUACAAUUCGACUUAUCUCGCCAUUGGAGCCAUCGACUGGCGUGAAGAUGCCCAAGCAGAAGUUGGCUUCAUCGGCUGAUUGCUUGAAGGGAACCAUUCGAUUCAAAUCGGACGGAGGAUUUGCCGUCGAGGAUAUUCAAUCUCAGAUAAUUCAAGCCGAAAUGUGCGCGAAACUGAACGAAGUGUUCGACAACUACCUCGGAGUUCAAGACGAUCAGCUUGCGAUGCGCAUCUGGGAGACCGCUUCCAACUGCGAAACACUCUUCCAGCUCAGCAAUGCAAUCAAAAAGUCGGAACUAGCCAUGUUCGAUUUUCCGGACGGUUUGGUGUUCGACAUGUGGGGAAUAAUUGGCGAUUUGAAGCGCGAACAGAAGGCAGCGACGAAACAGAAAAUGCCGAUGAGGAACGCACCAACACGACAAACGGCCAUGUCUCUUUUCAAUGAAAAUUGA